AUGACGGCAAACAGAGUCUCUUAUCACCUCGACCUCCGUGGGCCCUCAAUCCCUUCCACCACAGCAUGCAGCGCGUCAGCUACGGCUCUACAUCUCGCUGUCCAAGCCAUAAGGGCAGGCGACUGCGACGCCGCAGUUGUGGCAGCAUGCCAGCUCAACUUUGGCCUCGAAGAUUGGCUCCAAUAUAGUGGCGCUAAAGUUUUGUCACCUGAUGGGAAAUGCAAGCCCUUCAGUCAAUUUGCGGACGGAUUCGGAAGAGGAGAAGGGGUCGCAUCAGUUGUCUUGAAGUCACUAGAGCGUGCACAGACAGACGGGGACAAGAUUUAUGGCGUGAUAAUCGGUACUGGUCUCAACUCAGCCGGAUUUCUUGCACCGGUAAGCGCACCAGUCGCCGAGGUGCAAGCGGACGCGAUGAAACGCGCGUUCCAAGGUACUGGGUACGUACCUAUGGAAGUUGACUACAUUGAAGCCCACGCAACAGGGACAUCCGCCGGAGAUCCAACAGAGGCCAACUGGAUUGGUGAAAAUUUCAAGCGUCCCAAUUCUCUUAUCCGAGUUGGUAGUGUCAAGGGAAAUGUCGGACACCUUGAGGCUGUUUCUUUCUUUGCCUCGAUCUCCAAGGCUUGUUCGAUAUUCAGCACUGGACUUAUCCCUCCGACCGUCAAUGUCACCCAAUCCACGAGAAACCCGAAGAUUCGUUGGGAUGAACAUCAAUUACAUGUAGUGACAGAGACUACGCAUCUCAGGGAACUGGAAGAUCCAAAACGUGCUUUGAUUGCGAUAGCAGGGUCUGGCAUUGGAGGUGUAAACGGCCAUUGCCUGUUGGAGGAACCACCCAAGGCCACCUCGACUCCCCGAGGAUAUUAUAAUGGAAGCCUCUGCCUGUUGGUGGGAGGAGGACUUUCGCUUCGCUCGGCAACGGCUGUAUGCGAGUCCCUGCAGGAGUCGUCGGGCUCGGUGGCAGCACUUGCUCGGACGUACGGGAGGCGCUCACGAUCUAUGACUUGGAAAAGCUACGCGAUACACCACCCUAAAGGGGGUCUUUCUCGCUUUGCAUCUCCCACGCUAGCGCCUCGGUCGCCUCCCCCCCUCGUCAGUUUUCUCUGGUCAAGGCGCUCAACAUCUCCUAAUGGGAAAACAACUGUUCAAGGAUUUCCCUUUCUUUCAGCAGAACAUCCUUGA